UAAAUUGAUUUGUAUUAAGUGAUCAUUAUAAAUGUCGUAUAGUUUUUGUAUGCUUCUGGCGUAUUAUACACGUAAAUAGCCACCCUUCACCUUCACAAUAGGCCAGCCAUAACGCUUUGAUUUGUGAUUGGUUGUUGAUUGCAGCUAAAACAAAACAUUUCGACCAGUCAUAAUAUCUUAUAGUGCAUGUGAUAGCACUAAAAAACAGGAUUCAGCGUAGUGCGCUUGAACGUUUUAAUUGGCUUGUGGCGAUAACAUAUAAAUCCGCGUUCGUUUCACCGGCCGUGGACUUGUGACACGUGAGCUAUAGCGGCCAUGUACGCCACCAAUAAUGGCAACACGAAUAAGGCGCCAAAUAGCAACGCCACAAUUUUUGAUAAUACCAUCACCGUAACGCCUAUAAAAAUCGACCUGAGUGGGAACAUUUCACAAGCAUACAGUCCAACAGUUACCACAAAGUCAGGAGCAGCUACCCAACGACGCACACAAAACACUGUAGUCACCACACAGUCGGGCAACUUGACCGUAAUGCAAACAACGUUAGCAACAAAUGCGAAUACGAUGCAAAAUUGUGGCGUUAGCGUAUCCAGUGUUAAUGCCAGCACGCCAAAAGAGAAGGCAGCAAAAGUAACAAGGGUGCCUGUGGUACGAAAACCGCCACCGACCAUAGAAAACUUCUGGCCGAACAUCUUGAGUGAGGUGAACAGCAUAGGCCAGGUGGAUGCUAAACAUCAAGUUCUGCCUCUGGCACGGAUAAAGAAAAUUAUGAAGCUGGACGAGAAUGCCAAAAUGAUAGCAGGCGAAGCGCCGUUGCUUUUCGCCAAAGCCUGCGAGUACUUCAUCCAGGAAUUAACCAUGCGCGCCUGGGUACACACCGAGGACAGUCGACGCCGCACACUGCAACGCUCCGACAUUGCACAGGCCAUCGCCAACUACGACCAAUUUGAUUUUCUCAUCGAUAUUGUACCGCGGGAAGAGAUCAAGCCGUCGUCGACGACGAAAAAAGAGAGCAGCAGUACCUCCACCACUACGGCUCCCACCGCUACAAACACAAAUAGCGCAAAUACAACGGGCGCUGUAGUACCUGGCGUGGCUAACACAGGUCUGAAACUCGAUACGAGUGCUGAAGUAGUUGGCUUCAGUGCCGUUAACCCCGAACUAUUUGCCGCUGCCACAUCCACCCAACACCUGCAACAAUUGCACAACACAGCGCAACAGCAUCAGCCACAGCAUGUUCAGAUCAUUCAACAGGGUGCUGCCACCCAUGCGGGCACACAGCAGCUUCAAUAUUUCAUUGCUCUGCCCGGUCAGCAGCCUAAUCAGCUGGUACAACAAAUUCAACAGCAGCAGCCCACACAGAACCAUUUGCAGAACAGUCUCGGCCUCAAUAUCGUUGCCCAACAGCCCACGCAACAACUAAUACUGACUGCCGGGCCCAAUGGCCAGUUAACCGCUACACCGGCGCCGACCACAGCGGCACAACAGCAGACGGCCCUACUACAUAAUCUGGCGCAGCAACAGCAGCAGCAGCAGCAACAACAACAGCAGCAAAUACAGUUGCUGCAACAAGUUGUGACACCAACGGGGGAACUGACCAAUGUACCAAUCUCCAUCAAUGCCAAUCAGUUGAACUUGCUUCGCAUGCAAAUGCAACAGCAACAACAGGCACAGGCUGCGGCGGCGGUGGCUGCACAACAACAACAACACAAUCAACAACAAGUCAUAAUACCCACGCAGUUGCUGACCGCACAACAAAUUUUACAAUUAGGUGGCGCAGCGGCUGGCACGGCCGCCAAUGCAGCGGCUGCAGCGCAGCAGCAACAGCAACAACAUCAGCAGCAACAAAUAAAUGCCAGCAAUAGCAACAAUAACGCGACGCCAAUUUAUAUAAACUCUGCAGUGUCUAGCACACAAACAUCUACCCAAACCCAGCCUAUCUCAACAAUAUCAACGGAUCGCACUGGGCCAUUUCGGUAAAAAUGUAAAAUAAGAUAACAACAAAGAGAACAUCCAACCCCACCCUCCCAAAAGAAAAGAAAAAGGAAAAACAAAUCCAUUAAAACGUAAGCGCUAUUAUACAUAUAAAUUCAAGUCGUUUUUAAGCACUUAUGUAUAUGUAUAUCUCAAAGCAUUGAUUGCACAUGCAUAUUGAAGUAAGAUCAAGCCCAUAUUGUACUAUAUUAUUCAACGGAGAUUAAUUAGAUAAGAUUUUAAGGGUAUAGUUAGUAAGAGUGUAUAGAAAUACAUUUGUGUACGAUAGUCUAGCCUAGUGAAACCUGUUGUCGCACUUGAUAUUUUACAUGCGCGCUGUUCCCAUCAAUAUGACUACAUACAUUCAUACAUAAAACUUAUGUAUGGAUUGUAUAUGUAGACAAUGUGAGAUGGGCGUUACAAACACCAAAGCAUAUCAAAUUCAACACCAUUCACCAAACGUAGGCAUGCUGACAAUAUUAGGAGAAUUAUGAGCCUCAAUAUUCUUACAUACAUACAGAUGUGUAUCGUAGAUCUUGCAUACAAAAGUAAAACAUAUUAAUAUUAUCCAGAAAAUCAGAUUUAGUUGCAAUUUAGAACGGAAAAAAAAAAACAAAAUACCUUGUCGAUUUUAUUAAAUUUAAAUGUGUUGAACCGCUGUACGAAGGAUUAUUAUCGAGACUGACCAUGUCGGAUCACUAUAUUAUAGUAAAUUAUAAUGUAUGACAGCAUAUGAUAUGAUUUGAAAAUUGAAAUGAUAGUGCGGUUUAAAAUUCGCGACCCGUGAAUAUGGAGAAAAAGCUUCUGUUCUAAAUCACUGUAAACAGUAGAUAGCUUCGGGGAAAGGUACAAGUAUAUCAGAAUUGUUGAAAGUGAAAAAUGUAACAUGCUGAAGGAGACGUGGCAGACCCCACAUAUAUAUUUUAGCCCAGUAUGACAAGACGAGUCGAUUUAGCCCUGUCUGCCUAUCCGUAUGGACACCUGGAUCUCAGAGACUAUAAGAGCUAGUGACACAACAUUUUACACAUAGAUGCCUUCUUUAUCUCGCCUGUUCUUCCACUAUUCUUUUCAUUUUUUAUUCAAAUUCAGCAAAUACUUCCGGUUAGUGGUUAUGUCAUGUUUCAUCAUGCCAGCAGCUGUUGUUGUUGCUGCUGCUUUGGCUCAACUCUGUACUGCACACACAGCCACGCAUAGACACAAUGCCGAUGCAAAUGUACAGUCAUACAGCCUUUACGUGGCCUCAAAUCCCGAGUGAGGCAUAAAUGAUCUUUAUUUUAAUGCAAUUUUGUUUUUUUUUUUUUUAUUUAUAUUCCAACUUAGUUCAUUUUUUUUUUAAAUUUAUAUAACUAUUGUAGUAGAGUAUUUCAAAGUCUUUAGCUUUUACUCAAUGCAUUUCGUUGACUUUCAUUCAAAGUGUUAAAAAUUGCAAAAACGCGGUAAAAAGCAUGGAAAUUUCUGAAAACUUAAAACAAAUUAAUGUGAGUAACGAGAAAUUUGGGGCCGAAUUAAUUGUACGAUAAUAUUAUGGAAUGUUUACUUUUUAUACGAGAUCUACGAUAUACUCCUCAGUCCUGGAAAGAUGCACGUGCAGGUUUCACUUUCUAUUUUAAUAAUAGAGCUCUUAUUUAAAUGUCAAAUUAGUCAGAUCUCUUCCGAGCCUCAAUCUCAUUUAGAUGUAGUUGAGACGAUAUUCAAAAGUUAAGAGAGAUUGAGAACCGGAACAGACUUGAAUAGUUUUUAUUUUAUGAAAAGAAAAACUCCUAACCAAAAAGAGUCGUGUGUAUGUAAGUAACAUAUUUUAUGCCAUGCACCUUAUUUAACGUAUUCGUUUAUUUACAAUGUUGAAUAACAUUUUUUAAAUUAAAAAGGAAAACAGUGCAUUGUAAUUG